UAAAUGGAGCUCCAAACUAGGGUCUGAUUAUUGUCCGUUUAAAUUCAUUGCCUUCCUUGUUUAUUUUGCUUUUGCUGCUGAGUGUGAGAUGUUCUGUUUGCAGGAGAAGCCGGAGCUCGUCGAAGGGAAGGUGGACUGGAAGGGAAGAACGGCUCGGAAGCAUGAACAUGGAGGAAUGCGAAUUGGUUUGCUUAUUCUCGCCACAUUCGGUUUCGAGCAGAUGGCGACCGUUGCACUGGCUGUGAACUUGGUGAUAUACUUCAGUGGGGUCUUGCACUUUGAAUUUGCUGAUGCCGCCAACCAGCUCACCAACUUCAUGGGCUCUUCCUACAUUCUUUCCAUUGCCGUGGCCGCCUUAGCAGACGUUUACAUCGGCAGAUUCAAUGCCACUCUCAUUUCGGGCUGUGUUGAGUUCUUGGGACUGGCAUUACUGACUGUACAGGCUCACUAUCCCGGGCUUCGUCCACCAAAGUGCAACAUCUUCGAUUCUACUUCUCACUGCGAAAAAGUUGGGGGCGGAAACGCUGCACUCUUCUUCAUCGCGUUGUACCUGUUGGCUGCUGGUUCAGCUGGAAUCAAAGCUGCAUUGCCAGCCCACGGAGCCGACCAGUUUGACGAGAAGGACCCUAGGGAAGCGAGGGACAUGUCGAGCUUCUUCAACUUCCUGUUGCUGAUAGUGUGUCUUGGCAGCGCAGCUAGUUUGACACUCAUCGUGUGGAUACAGGACAAUAAAGGAUGGGACUGGGGCUUCGGGUUAUCUACUAUAGCCAUGUUCUUGGGCGUGGUGUUAUUCACAUUAGGACUCCCGAUGCACCGGAUACAACCCAUACAAGGAACCAGUACAAUCGUCGAAAUUGUCCAGGUAUUUGUUGCUGCAAUUCGCAACAGAAAACUUCAACUCCCUGAGGACCCAACGGAGCUGUAUGAGUUUGACAGAGAUGCAGAAGCUGCUGGAGAUAAAGAAUUUCUACCUUACAGAGAUACUUUCAGGUUCCUAGACAAGGCGGCCAUAAAGGAAACACCGGCGCUGCGACACAGGCAGUCCGAAUCUCCGAACCCGUGGAAGCUGUGCCGGAUGACCCAAGUGGAGAACGCAAAAAUAGUGCUCGGCAUGGUUCCAAUCUUCUGCUGCACCAUAAUUAUGACCCUUUGCCUGGCUCAACUCCAGACCUUCUCCAUCCAACAGGGCCGAACGAUGGAUACAAGCAUCACAGGCUCGUUCAAGAUCCCGCCCGCCUCACUUGCCAUCAUCCCUGUCUCCUUCCUCAUCAUCAUAGUCCCCAUCUACGACCGGGUGAUCGUCCCGUUCGUCAGGAAAUUCACUGGCCACCCGACAGGCAUAACCCACCUGCAGAGAAUAGGUGUCGGGCUUCUUCUAUCGUCGCUCUCGAUGGCUGUGGCUGCGAUCAUGGAGGUAAAGCGGAAAAAGGUGGCCCGCGACCACGGCAUGCUCGAUGCGAUACCUGUCGCUCAGCCGCUGCCCAUCAGCGUGUUCUGGCUCUCCUUCCAGUUCUUCAUCUUUGGGAUCGCCGACAUGUUCACGUACGUCGGGCUCCUCGAGCUGUUCUACUCCGAGGCGCCGAAGGGGCUCAAGUCGCUCUCCACCUGCUUCCUGUGGUGCUCCAUGGCGCUGGGGUACUUCUUCAGCAGCAUAUUGGUCAAGAUUGUGAACAGGGCAACAGAGGGCGUGACCAGGAGUGGUGGUUGGCUUGCAGGGAACAACAUUAACAGGAACCAUUUGAAUCUGUUCUAUUUGCUGCUCUCGAUCAUGAGCAUUACCAACUUCUUCGCGUACCUGGUUGCUGCUAGGAGCUACAAGUACAGGCCUCGGAUCGUGCCUGCUGUCUCCAAGUAGAUUAACCAAGUUAGAAAGACGGGCAAUUCAUGGACAUUUGUGUCGGUACUGUUUGUGUUGCGUUUAAAUUGCAUGUGUUUUGUUGGUUUGUGUAUGUUCCUUCUGGCAGAAAAGAAAGUGAGGGGUACAAUUUGA